AUGUCGGGGAAUACGGGUAAUACGGGUAAUACACGCAAUAUUUGCAAUCUACCAACGACAACACAUAGUAAAUCCAUUAGCCCUGCCAAAUUGGAAUUGUUAUCUGCACUUGAAAACCACCAAACGUUGGGUACGCGGCAGCGCGAUUACAGUCAACACGACGAAUGCACAAAUCAGCGACCAAAUAAACGCUGUAGAACUAUCACUGAGAGAUUAGGUGAAGCUGUUUACAAUACCGCCGUCGUCGCUGGUGGUAUUGGUGUUGCUGCUUAUCGAUUUAUGAAGGGUGAUGAUAACCAGGAGCAGUUAUCUACCCACACCUUCUCCCCUGAUCAAAGAAUACCAGGUUCCUUCAAUUUCAAAGAUUCUGAAGAAGAUUACGUUGAUUUACCCGAAACAUCCACCACACCUACAAGAACUCCAAGGAAACAAAAACAAUUCAAAGUUCAAUCUAAACGCUCUAUAUACUCCCCUAAACAUUCCCAACAUUCUCAUAAACUUAAAGAUUCCAAUAAGUCUAGAUAUCAUCACAAACACCAACAAUCAAACGAAAGAUUAGAUAACAUGUCUGCUCAACUCUCUGCCAUGAUUUCAGAUGGCCAGAAAGCUCUCACUCAACCUGCUAUCGUUGAUGAGGUUUUUGAUGAUGAUGUCUCUGAAAAUUUUCAUAUACCAUCUUCUUCUUUCACUUUCACACAAUCUAUACCCGAGUCUCAUUCUGAUUAUUCUAUCGGCGAUGGUCUACGAACUGCUGCGUCGUGA